AUGUCCAGCCAGGGACAACCCUCCUCCUCGCUUCCGUCCUCACGCGCCACCACGACCGAGAGAUCGGACUCCGAAAUCCCAAAAGACUGGCGAUGCAGCUGCGGCACCGGCGACGGGUCCGGAAGCUACAUCCAAUGCGACAACGAGGACUGCCGCGUGGGAUGGUAUCACUGGGAAUGCGUCCGGGUGACGGAGGAGCCCGCCGGGACGUGGCUGUGCCCGAGCUGCAGUCCCAACGCGGCGUUCUACAUCAAGCAGUUGGUGAAAGGGCGAGCAGCGUCGCCGCUCCUUCCCACAUCCGGGAAAGCGGUCACUCCAACCUCGUCCAAGGCGAAGGAGCCGGUCCCCGAGGUCAAGGAGAAGGGAACGGUGAAGAAAGGUAUCGCCGUCAAGGACCCGGUUGCCGAAGAGGCGAAGGGUCAGGAGGCAGAGACCACGAACGGGAAGAUAUCAAAGAAAGGCAUCGCAACGAAGAAGGCAGCGUCCGAAAGAGCCAAGCCGAGAUGGAUUGGCUGGGUGGAGAUGUCUUCGGAUGGCGAGGAAGACUACAAGAAGAAGGUGAACGCCAAAUUCCUGAUGGAGGAUGGCGUCAAGGGGAAGCGCACGAGGGGCUCGAAAGCCUCACCCGAAGAGGACGAGACCGGGCCGCGGAGGUUUAGGACCCGUUCGAGGCCAGGGAGAAAGGCCAAGAACGUGGUAGAGACGGACUCAGAUGAGGAGGAAGGAAGUGAGAGAAUGGACUCUGUCUACCAGAAGCACGAGGAGGAGGAGGAGGAGGAGGAGGAGGAAGACCAGGAGGAGACUUCGGGUUCCGAGGACGGGUCCAUGCACGAAGAAGCACCCGUCAACAAGGAUGCACCGGUCAAGAACGAUGCAUCUGUCUUCCAAGAGGACGACGAAGAGGACACCAUGGAAAUCGACCAGGAGUCCGAGAAGGAAGACCAGGGCAGCGCGGACGAGCCAUCCGACACGGACGGGGAGGACUCCGACGUUUCCCCCCCAGCCCGUCGUGAACGAGAGUCCGGGGCACCCGGUCCAGUCCGCAAGGGCGGUGGGAACGGGGCCGACGGCCCAAGCCAAAGGACCGCGACAUGCGCUCCGGCUGCCAGGUCGGACACCCCGUCGCGGUUCCCGACUUCAGACCGCACCGGAGGAAUGGUAGCGGCGUCCCCUACGGGCGACGACGCUAUGGACCUCGACGAGGGAGGCGAGGGCCACGGGAGCCAUGGUGGGCGAAUGGCUGUGACCGUCAGCCCGGCCGUGGAGAGCAACGACUACGCUGCUCGCUAUCAACGCCAGGGCAACUGCUGGGGAGAAUUCCCCGAGUCCGCGAUCCGGAGCACGCUUCCGCGCCUUGCUUAA